AUGGGCAACAUGUGUGAUGAAGUGAAGACAGCGAUGUUCUGGAAGGCCCAAUUGGCCGAGUUCCUAGGCACAGCAAUUUUGGUCUUUGUUGGUUGCGCCUCAUGUCUCGGCGACGAGUGGAGUCGUGUUGCUUCUCCGAGAUUGGUCGAAAUUUCACUGGCAUUCGGUCUGGCCGUAGCAACGUCUGUUUGGAUCUUUGGUCACGUGAGUGGGGGCCACAUUAACCCGGCCGUCACGUGUGCAUUCCUCAUUGCAAGGAGGAUUUCCAUCCUUAAGGGGUUGUUCUACAUCCUCUUUCAAUGUUUGGGCGCUAUGACUGGUGCUGGCUUCUUGUAUGAAGAAACGAACUGCCAUCAAAAAGAAGUGUAA